UCUUUUUUUCAUAGCUAAGAUGGCAGAGGGAGACAAGAAGAAGUCUGCCAAGAAGAAGCACGGGAGCCGGAACCCGGUUCUGGCCCGGGGCAUCGGCCGCUACUCCCGUUCUGCUAUGUACGCCCGCCGGGCAAUGUACAAGAGGAAGACCAAGACCACUGAGACCAAGAUUGAGAAAAAGAUCAAAGAAAAACCCAAGGCCACAGUUGUGAAAACUGUCGGAGGAGACAAGAAUGGAGGAACCCGUGUUGUAAAGCUGCGCAAAAUGCCCCGCUACUACCCCACAGAGGAUGUUCCCCAUAAACUGAAGAGCCAUGGGAAGAAACCCUUCAGCCAGCACAAGAGGAAGCUGCGUGCCUCCAUCACACCAGGAACCGUCCUCAUCCUGCUCACCGGGCGCCACCGUGGAAAGCGCGUGGUGUUCCUGAAGCAACUCUCAAGUGGUCUCCUGCUUGUCACCGGCCCUCUUGCCUUGAACAGAGUCCCCCUGCGAAGGGCUCACCAGAAAUUUGUUAUCGCCACCACCACCAAGAUCGACAUCUCUGGUAUGAAGAUCCCCAAAACCCUCAACGACACUUACUUCAAGAAGAAGAGGCUGAGGAGGCCCCGUCACCAGGAGGGGGAGAUCUUCGACACGGAGAAAGAGAAGUACCAGCUGACGGAGCAGAGGAAGGAGGACCAGAAGGCGGUGGAUGCUCAGCUGCUGCCCCUCAUCAAGAAGGAGCCCCAGCUGAAAGGAUACCUGCGCUCCACCUUCGCCCUGACUAAUGGCGUUUUCCCACACAAGCUGGUUUUCUAAAUAUGUAAUAAAAACUAACCACCGUC